UGGCUAUAUAUAAUAAUAUCUGAUUUCGCUAUCUGCCACACCAUUUUCACACACUCACUCACUCACCUUACCUUAGCAUGUGAAUCAUGGAAUACCCUCCAUCAUAUAGCUUCGCUUCCUCUUCUCACUCCUCCCACCAUCAACCAGGCUCAACACCCCUCUCUUCACAACGCAGCCUUAUCUCAGUUCCAUCCCUCAACCCUUCCACCACCACCGCCACCACCUUCCACCAGUGCCUCACCACCCUCAAGGGUCAUACCUCCCACAUCUCCUCCCUAACCCUCUCCGGUAAAUUCCUUUACACAGGCUCCUCCGACAGGGAAAUCAGGUCCUGGAACCGCACCCCUCUCAACUCCCACCCUCAGAACACCAUUCUCGCCGGGAACGGCGCCGUUAAGUCCUUGAUUAUUCAAUCCAACAAACUCUUCAGCGCCCACCAAGACCACAAAAUCCGCGUCUGGAAAAUCAGCAACACCAACAACAACGGUAAACACGAACACGACGUUGACGACCAUAAAAAAUACACGCACGUGGCCACACUCCCGACCCUGGGAGACCGCGCCUCGAAGGUUCUGAUUCCGAAGAACCAUGUCCAAAUCCGAAGGCACAAGAAGUGCACGUGGGUUCAUCACGUGGACACCGUGUCCGCGCUGGCCCUGUCGAAAGACGGGACCUUGCUGUACUCCGUUUCGUGGGACAGGAGCAUAAAAAUCUGGAGAACGAAGGACUUCGCGUGCCUGGAGUCCGUGACGAGCGCACACGACGACGCCAUAAACGCCGUGGCAGUAUCUUACGAUGGACGCGUGUACACGGGAUCAGCAGACAAGAGAAUCAAGGUGUGGAGGAAGGAGGAAGGGGAAGGAAAACACAGGCUGGUGGAGAGUUUGGAGAAGCACAAGUCUGGGGUGAAUGCGCUGGCUCUGAGCAGUGACGAGAAGCAUUUGUAUUCGGGUGCAUGCGAUAGAUCGGUGUUGGUUUGGGAGAAAAAGGGAGAGAGAAUGGGGUUGGUGGGUGCGUUGAGGGGCCACACAAAAUCCAUUUUGUGUUUGGCUGUGGUGGGCGAUUUGGUGUGCAGUGGGUCUGCUGAUAAAACGAUAAGAAUUUGGCGAGGUUUUCAUGCACAAUACUCUUGUUUAGCUGUUUUGGAAGGACACGGUGGUUCGAUCAAGUGCUUAACUGCCGUGCUUGACCACUGUAAUCCGUCGCACUCUCAGACAUCUUUUCUAGUCUACAGUGGCGGUUUGGACUGCGACAUUAAGGUUUGGCAGAUUUUAGUUCCUUCUAUCUAAAUUAUAGGACCCAUAAUCCUGUUCCUUCUGUUUUGUAAAGGCCAAUUUGGCCCUUUUGUUUUCUUGACCCUAAUUUUUUCCUUUACAAUUUUUUUGUUGAUUAAUAUGAACUGUAUACGAUCUCUCCCUCUCACUAAAAAGAUGUUUGUGUUGUGUGGAAAUAAAUAAAGGCAAAUAUUUUAUUGA